AUGUCGCCAGACACAGCGACGGAUGAUCUAGAUGCACCUUUGUUCUUUUCUGAGCCUGUGCCAGAAUCUGAAAAUAUCGUGCCUCAAAAGCGCGUGAGGUCCGAACGCGAAGCCGACGUCCAUGCAUGGAAACGCCGCUACAUGGGCACAUUCGUGUUAUGUGGGUAUUCAAUGACAAAGGGAUAUGGUCAUGUGCGUGCAGGUGAGCGUGUGCUGAUUCAGCGCAAAAGCAAAAACCACUCGACAUCGUCCAGCAAGACACAGCAUCGGUCGCGCGAGAAAACCGAUUAUAUUGUGCGCUUCAGCACGACACGGGGCUUUGAAGUGGGUCGUAUUCCUGUGGAUGUAGCUAGCUGGAUGUCGCGUUUGCUUGAUGACCAACUGGUUGAAUUUGAUGGAUGUAUUGUCGACACGCCAGCCAAGCUCGAGGUAGGCAGUGAUAUUCUUUUGCAAGUCAAGGCAUACAUCUGCUAUACUGCGUUCACGACGAGUGUGUCUGGACAUUGUCAUCUCGAUGAUGCCCUUGAAUGGUCCAAGACAUCUGAUGCGAAGGAAAGUACACAGGAGCGCCUUUUGAGACACCGAAAAGUUGCGUGGCAACGCUUAUUUCGCGCUUGUCAUUUGGUGCCUAAGCGGGGUAAUACAUCUCUGCACACAGCGAGCAUUCCCUCUUGGCAUACGACGCAUGAUGCUGACGAUGACGGCACAGAAAUCACAUCUGAAUGCAUCCAAGACAUGUAUACCCGCUCGGAAAAGAGCCACACGGACUUGCCCGUCGUCGAUCCACCCGCCACUUUCGCACUUGAACUACGGUCGUAUCAAAAACAAGCUCUUGGCUGGAUGCAAUCCAUGGAAGAUACUUAUUAUUCCUCUAGGCAAAAUACCGAACUUCAUCCAUUGUGGGAAGAAUAUGAGUUUCCGCUCGCAGAUGACGUGGAUUGUGGCCAUGGUCCCUUUUACAUGAACCCGUACAUUGGCGAGCUGAGCCUGGUAUUCCAACCUGCCAGUCGAGCUGCUCGAGGCGGUAUUCUUGCAGAUGAAAUGGGUCUAGGGAAAACGAUCAUGCUUGCAAGUCUUAUUCAUGCUAAUCGAUCGAUGGAUCUCGAUCGGCCGCCAACAUCGAUGAGCUCUUCUCGGUCUCGCAGCACUCAUUUGCGGCAAGCAUCACUACAUUUCGGCAAGGCCCCUCGACUGCAGCGUACCGCCGCGACACUCGUCGUCGCGCCUAUGAGCCUACUAAGCCAGUGGCGCACGGAGUUAGACCGUGCGAGUCAGCCAGGUACACUUUCCAUCGCAUUGUACUAUGGCGAUGCUCGCGAACAACUUGCGCAGCAAUUAGCAAAGGGUGAGGUGGAUGUUGUUGUCACAUCUUACGGCACGUUGACGGCCGAGUACAAGCACCUGGAUAAGCGCGGCACAUCCACGCUGUUCUCGGGUACCUGGCAUCGCGUGAUCCUCGAUGAGGCCCACACGAUCAAGAACCGCAGUACUCUUGCAGCACGCGCAGCAUGUCGACUAGAAGCGGAUCGUCGCUGGGCGUUAACUGGAACGCCCAUACAGAAUCGACUAACCGACUUGUACAGCCUGCUGCGGUUCUUGCGUGUCGAACCAUGGGGCGAUAUUCGGUUUUUUAACAGCUUUCUAGCGAAGCCUUUCGCAAGUCAAAAUGCGAAAGCCCUCGAUAUUGUGCAGGCGAUCCUUUCGAGCCUGCUUCUGCGCAGAGAGAAACAUACACCUGGUCCCGAUGGGCGCCCUAUCGUGGACAUACCGCCCAAGACGUGGGAUACGCAGCAUUUGACAUUCUCUGCAACAGAGCGAGACAUUUAUCUCAGCGUGUAUGAUCGAGCUCGAACACAGUAUCGUGAGCUAGCUGCACAGGGGCUUGUUGGGAAAAAUGUCAGCUUGAUUUUUGCUGUGCUCAUGCGACUCCGCCAGGCUGUAUGUCAUCCGUACCUUGUGCUACAAAAGCACAAUCAAGCGCCCGAAGAGCAAACAUAUGAAGAACGACUCCGCGAACUUGUCAAGCGAUAUGAGGCUGAGGGAAAUGCAGGCAGCACAUAUGCUCGCGAUGUGCUUGGCUCACUACUGGCAGCAGCGGAGGUGCGAGACGAGGCAAGUUUGCAGACGAAUGCGGGCGACAACGAGGUUUUCGAAAACAGCCACCAUGAACGCAUUGGCGACAACGACACGGACGAGGAGGAAGAGUGCCCAUUUUGCAUGGAGCUCAAGGCGUCCAAGUGCUUCUUGCCUCGUUGUAUGCAUCAUGGCUGUCGCGACUGUCUUGUUCAGUACUUGCAGGCAUGUGAAGAUCGAGGUGAAGAGCCCCACUGUCCAGUGUGCCGCCAAGGUCCUGUUCAGGUGGAAGAUCUUGUUGAAAGUGUGCGCCCAACCAUCGAAACGUCAUCCACAGCAGCUUCAGCACCUGCAGGUCCUGCACGCGGAAGUACCAAACUCAACGCGCUGAUGCAACAGCUGGCUGAACUUACAAAAAGUGAUCCAACUUGCAAGGGUGUGAUUUUCUCGCAGUUUACGGGGUUUUUGAACCUCAUUCAAGCACACCUUGUACAACGCCAAUACGCAUUCGUCCGCCUUGACGGCCGCACGCCGCAAAAGGAACGUGAGCAUGUUUUACGAACAUUUGCCAAUGAGCCCGGGCCUUUCUUUCUACUAAUGUCUCUUCGCGCAGGUGGAGUGGGCCUGAAUUGUACGUUUCUUUGUGCCUGCACUAACACUUCCAGUGACAGCGGCGAAUCACGUGUGGCUCAUGGAUUGCUGGUGGAAUCGAAGCAUGUAUGUUGUAAGAAACACGAAACCAAAAAAACAAGGCUUACACCUGUUAGGGAGGACCAAGCGAUAGAUCGAGUCCAUCGCCUGGGCCAAUCUCGUGCAGUGACAGUACACCGACUCCUUGUGAAUGACACGAUUGAGGAUCGUAUACUCGAGAUUCAGCGACACAAAAAACAACUUGUCGAUCACGCAUUGUCAAUUAAACCUUACAGCGCCGACUCUGAUACGCUAGAGAACCUGCGUUUGCUCUUUGACUAA